AAUCGACUGCCAAUACUGUAGAUUUCACCCAACAGUCGAAGCAACAAGACGCAAUGGUGAACAAACGAGCACUAGUGGGCCUGCUCUUUGCGGCCGUAGCCGCUCUAGCGGCAGCAAAACCUGCACCAAAGGUUGCCCCCUUCGUACAAAAGCUCCUCGACAUUUUCCCAGUGCCUAAGGUCCCGGAAGGGUACGUGUCGACUAAUCCCCACACGAUUGGAAGCACAUUCCGCACUCGGGUUGAUCAUUUCAACCCGCAGGAUCGCGCCACGUUCGAGUUUGGCUAUUUUUCCAACGAUGAAUACUACCAACCUGGAGGACCGAUCUUCAUCUUCCUCGGUGGAAACUGGCCGCUCGGGCAGUACUAUAUUGAGCACGGACAUUUCCACGAUAUCGCCAGUUACGAGCAUGGUUGGCUAUUCACCAACGAACAUCGCUACUACGGAGACAGUGUUCCAACGGAAGACCUAUCGGUUGAAAACCUUCAAUUCCUAACCGUCGAGCAGGCUUUGGUGGACGUGGCGGAAUGGAUUGUUCAUUUGCGCCAGAAUGUGGUUCAGGAUGAGAACGCACGUGUCAUCCUGGCUGGAACCGGUUAUGCUGGAGCUGUUGCGACCUGGAUGCGUCAUCGUUAUCCUCACCUGGUGGACGGUGCCUGGGUUUCAAGCGGACAGGUCGAUGCCCGGUUCAACUUUAAGGAGUUCGCGUUCGAAAUCGGUGAGGUGAUUCGUGAAUUCGGCGGAGAUGACUGCUUCGGAACGAUUUGGCGUGGAUUCCGUACCGGAGAGGCUCUUUUCGAUGCUGGAUUGGGUGAAACCGUUACCGAUCUGUUCAACACUUGCGCACCGGUUGACAUGGAGAACAUGUUGGAUGUGGAAACGUUCUUCUAUAACGUUAAGGCAAGCAUUCAGGAGGAUAUUUUGCAAGCACCGCAGAGAACUCAAUCCACCGAAGAAGUGUGCCACCAGUUGGGAAACAGUACUGCUCAAACCGACUUAAAUGUUCUUGCCGAAUAUGUUGGCCAGCGUUAUGCCGAUCUGCCAUGCUUGCCCUUCGACUUUGCCACAACCGUCGAGGCUCACCAGAACGUGGAAAAUCAUUUCCCGGAAAACAAUAUUCUCGGUUUACGGCAACGCGUUUACCAGUUCUGUACGGAAUUCGGUUGGUUCCUGACGGCCGACUCGCCAGACCAGCCGUUCGGCUUCCGUGUAACUAUGAACUUUUUCCUGAACUUCUGCCGCGCGGUGUACGGAGAUUGGCUUACCAGCGAAGUCGUCGUCGAUGGGGUACAUCUGACCAAUAUACAUUUCGGUGGCAAAAAUCCUCACGUUACGAACAUUCUGUUCACGAAUGGAGCUCUGGACCCGAUAAGGGACAUUUCGAUUACCGAAUAUCAUCAGUCACAGUCCGGUGCAAUCGUCAUCCCUGGCUACUUUAACAGUCCAGAUUUGAACACGAUCAGCGGGUAUGAUUCGCCUGCGCUGCUCGAAGCCAAGCACGCAAUUCAGCUGUACAUCGCGACUUGGCUGGUGGAGGGUGUCACGCCGGUCGAGAGUAACUAGAUUUUAGCAUUUAAAGAAACAAUAUUAUAAGCUUUGUCAGAGCCCUUCUUGCUGCCUAUAAUUUUGCGGCUACAGUUGUAUUUAUUUGCCGAUGUCAUAGACCCAUGUAAUUUGCUGCACUAAUAAAUUGAAAUUCGCAUUUUCGCUUCAACUGAAAUAACAAA